AUGGCGUUCGUGUCGGCUAUGACCUUGAGUCAAGCCUCUGGCACGGGAGCGGGAGGAUUCUUGAGAAGUGGAGUAGCAAGGAUAACACAGGCUGGGACUGGCCAAGUCGCGCGGAGAUUGGAUGCUUGUUCGUCGGACUCUGACUGCCAGGGCUCCGAUGCGGACAUGGAGGCCUUGGACAAUGAGGGAAAGACCAUCUUUUGCGACCCUGCUUGCGAGGACACAGGCACCGACAUCUUCGGGGGGACCUGGUGCAAUCAUUUUGGUCUGGAGGGGUGCCGUGCUUGCGACGUCUACAACUGCGAGGGGUCUUCGGGGGCCUGCGUCCCGUGCAACGGAGAGCUACCCGAGGAAACCACGCCGGCGCCGCAGGAGGAAGGAUUGACCCUUGCUCCUAUAUCCCCGGGGGAAACGGAUCCCCCGUUCCCGAUCGACGCUAGUUCGUGUACCGCUGCAGCCUGCGAAGACAACGCGGAUUCUGCCGACUUGAGCUACAUUGACGAUAACAGCCUUACGCUGUACUGCGAUGACAAGUGUUCCGAUACCCCCUCGGACCCGUUCGGUGGACUGUGGUGCAACAUGAGGGGACUGGGGCAACUGUGCCGUGCCUGCCGCGCCGACAACUGCGUGGGCUGGACGGAGGACGACACGUGCCUCCCCUGCAACGAGCUCCAGGAAACACUUCCCCCGAGCGUCACCCCGGCCCCUUCCGACCUAGAGGCCACGCCGGUGCCCGCCGCCGUUGUCACCCCCGCCCCGCUCGUGGAGGAGACGGUAGCCCCCUCCCUUGAGGUGGUGAUCACCGAUGCGCCGGCGGCUGCUACGCCGGCCCCGCUGUUGGAGGCGACGGCGGCUCCCGAGCAGGCCACCGAGGCGCCUGCGGCCGCUACGGAUGCUCCAGAGGCGACGGUGGCUCCCGCAGGGGAAACUGUCAGCCCUGCCGCUGCUAGCCUCGCCCCCGACUUGGCGACGACUUCUGUCCCCAGCAUGGCACCAGGAGCGACCGUGGCCCCUGAUGGUACUCCCGCUCCCGGCGCUACGCCGGCUCCUGGCGCUACGGCUGCACCGGGUGCUACGCCGGCUCCUGGCGAAACGCUGGCUCCCGGCGCUACGCCGGCUCCCGGCGCUACGCCGGCUCCUGGCGCUACGUUGCCCCCUGGCGAAACGCUGGCUCCCGGCGCGACGUUGCCCCCUGGCGAAACGCUGGCUCCCGGCGCUACGUUGCCCCCUGGCGCGACGUUGGCUCCUGGCGCUACGGCUGCACCGGGUGCUACACCGGCACCCGGUGCUACGCCGGCUCCUGGCGCUACGCCGGCUCCUGGCGCUACGCCGGCUCCUGGCGCUACGUUGGCUCCCGGCGCGACGUUGUCCCCUGGCGCUACGCCGGCUCCUAGCGAAACGCUGGCUCCCGGCGAAACACUGGCUCCCGGCGCGACGUUGCCCCCUGGCGCUACGCUGGCUCCUGGCGAAACGCUGGCUCCCGGCGAAACACUGGCUCCCGGCGAAACACUGGCUCCCGGCGAAACACUGGCUCCCGGCGCGACGUUGGCUCCUGGCGAAACGCUGGCUCCCGGCGCGACGUUGGCUCCUGGCGAAACGCUGGCUCCCGGCGCGACCUUGCCCCCUGGCGAAACACUGGCUCCCGGCGAAACACUGGCUCCCGGCGAAACACUGGCUCCCGGCGAAACACUGGCUCCCGGCGCGACGUUGGCUCCUGGCGAAACGCUGGCUCCCGGCGCGACGUUGGCUCCUGGCGAAACGCUGGCUCCCGGCGCGACCUUGCCCCCUGGCGCUACGCUGGCUCCCGGCGAAACGCUGGCUCCCGGCACUACGUUGGCUCCCAUCAUCACCAUGGCACCGGGAACGACGCUCGCUCCUGACGCGACGUGGGCGCCGAAUCUGACGAGGGAAUUCAUUACGGCGUCCCCUACCGUGGCUCCCACCGUUCCACAGAGCGCGGCUCCCACCGCUGUCCCAAGUGCGAUGCCAAGCGCCGCGCCGAGUGCGAUGCCGAGCGCUGCACCAAGUGCGAUGCCAAGCGCCGCGCCAAGUGCGAUGCCGAGCGCAGCACCAAGUGCGAUGCCAAGCGCUGCGCCCAGUGCCUCUCCAAGUGCUGUACCAAGUGCUGCACCCACAGUGCUGGGAAGUACGAUCGCGCCGACAGUCCCAGUACCCGUGUCGGCUACGAUGACCGCCUCUCUAGAGCUGGCGGGCGUCUUUGGGAGGACCGAAGAGGAGUUGCAGGCGGACCUUGAGGAAGGAAUGGCCGAGGCUAUCUCGGAUUCCGAUGACAGUGUUCCCCGUACCGUGAACGUGUCUAUCGACGACCUCUCCGUUCCCAAUGACGAGUCCACCCGGAGGACGCGUGUGCGCGGACGUCGCAGGCUUCAAGAGACGGAAUGUGUUCUCGAGAACGGUGACACGUGUACGGUCAAGGCUACCGCGACGGUGGUCUACUCUUCGGGAGCUGAGGACGACUCCGGAGGGAGCUCUGCCCGCGGCGUGGACAGCAUCAGCAACAAGGAGAACCUGCAGAAGAUUGCCUCUGCGGCGGGCGUGGAGGGCUCGGACUUGACCCUGGGCAGCUUGAUCGUGAGCGCGGACGAAAGCGACCAAGUCCUGGACAGCUCCGAGACGGACGGUGUGGUGGGCCAGACUAUCGUGUCCUCAGAUGGUGCUGACGCCAGCAACUACUGGCUGUUCAUCCUGGCCGCCGCCCUGCUGCUGCUGCUCUGGCUGUGCUGCCUCUGCUGGGCCUGGCAGCGCUACAAUAUGUCGCAGGACGAGCAGGACGAUACGUACGACGAUUCAACCACCGGCGCGCGUUGGGCCGGAGACAAGCACCGCGACUCCUCGCCCACCUUCAAGGGGCGAGGCGUUGCGUCGUCUGACCGACAGCUGGAUACCGCUGUGGUCGAAGACAUCAUCUCCCAGCAGGGCAAGCGCAGGGAGUCGGGCAGCUCUUCGGGCGGCAACAGCGAACACCUCGUCGUUGGUGGCCAGGCCCUGGAGGAGAUCCCCGAGGAGGAGAACAGCUCCCCUGAAGGCGGGGUCGGGGAUCAAUCCCUCAGUUCCGCCGCCGCCGCUGGUGCCGGUGCGACGGGGAAGGUCAAGGCGUCUGGUCGACAGAUUUUGUCCCGCGGUCAGCAAAAGUCCACGGGCAGCAGCUCGUUCAGCGACGAGCUUGUCGGGCCCCUAGGAGACCCCGCGGGAGGCCGCAGGUCGUCCCACAAUCAAUCCAGCGAUCACUACACGUCCGAUGACACGCGCCAGUUCGGGUCCUCCGGCAUGUCCUCGGGCAUAUCCGGUUCCGGGUCCAACUCCGGCGGCGUGAGCUCGUCGUUUACCUCCUCGGCGGGGAUGACGUCAGGAUCCUUCGAGGACGACGAGGAAGACACCGACGACUCGUCCACCAGCUCGAGCGACUACGAGGAUGCUCAGGGAGGAGGGGGAACCACUACCGUUUUCGACGAGGACGCGAUGAAGCGAGCUGACGCUGGGGCAGGAGAGUCUUCGUCCGAUAGAGCACCGGCUGGGGUAACUUCCCUGGAGGAAACGGUAGCCGAAACCGGCGCCGGCGUCACCUCGUGAACACCGCCCCCCCCCGUGAAAUGCGGCAAGGGGGGCAGGGAUUGAGUCGGUUGCAUCAUGAUUGUCCCCGGGAGCGGUAGCAUAGAUCUGUUGUUCGAGGAAUCAAUCAUUGCGGAGAUGAGACGCUCAGCAGGUGUCGUCGGUUUCGAAAGCCGGCUGGCUGAUAUUGCGCUCAUGUGUUUUUAGGAAAGACCAGAGUUGGGAGUGGGAACUUGGAUUGAGAAACCCAACUAU